UCAAUGAGAUUGUCUUAUCAAUAUCAUUAUGUAGAUUCUAACAUGAAUUGUGAUGUGGUGGCGUGACGGUGUUUGCGUUCACGGACGAAGCGUGGAGCCUGCUGCCGUACAGUCUGCGCCGGCAGCUGUCGGCCGACCCGGGCCGCCUGCGCCAGCUGCUGCUGCACCACGUCACGCCGCUGGCCGUGCCGCUGUCCGCCUUCAACGACAACAUGGUGCUGAAGAGCGCCAGCCCCAGCGGCGCCACGCUGCGCAUCAACAUCUACCAGAUGAGCCGCUACAGCAAGAGAGUGGUGACGGUGAACGGCGCCCAGGUGCUGCGGAGUGACGCCAGCUCCUCCAGCGGCGGCGUGAUCCACGUGCUGGACAAGGCGCUGGUCGCCGAGGCCGUGUUGGACGCCCUGCAGUACGUCUCGACCCAGCAGUGCGCCGACCUGGACUUCUCCGGUGUAUCGAACAUGCUCUCCAAGCUGGGGGUGUCACAGCUGCUGAGUCAGCAGGCGCCGCUGACCCUGUUCCUGCCGAUAUCAGCCGCCUUCUCCGACCCCAACUCGCUGAUGGAGGACUUCAGCAACAGCACCAAAGUCAUGCAAAACUCGCUGCUGUACCACAUGGUUCCGGGGACGUUCUACAGCGCCGGACUGCGUGACGGACAGUGGCUGGAGACGCUGCUCGACGGACAGGAGCUCGAGCUUCAGGUUGUCACCGACGGAUACACGCGUCGCAUUUCUACAGUCAGCAAACAGGCUCAGGUGAUACGCGCCGACAUCCCGAUCUCAAACGGCGUCAUCCACAUCGUCGACUUUGUGCUGCGGCCCGAGCGCAACCUCCAGCGCUGCGACGUCCGCCGCUAGGUGGCAGCACCGACCACCUUCUGGCCGCCAGCUGGCAGCAUCAGCCACGCACGUGACCGCCAGGUGGCAGCUCAGGCGGUGAUGAUCAGGGAGGUGUUUGGAAAUUGGAAUGCGGUAUUAUGUUGGUAGCUCGGUAUUUACUUUUGCGAGGCCUGGUGUUAACCUGGAUGAAGCACUUCUUUCCAGCUCGAGAAGAUGCAAAUAAGUUUGUCGAUCACUGCGAAUGUGAACAUAGUUACCUAUAAUACCUAUUUGUACGCAAUGCUCGUGUUGUGCGUGAAAACCUACUGCGUGGCCCGAUCAAAACCAGUGUUGAAUGGGUAUGUGUGUCGCGAAAGCUGCUGUCGGUCCGAAUGUGCUAUGCCGCAAGGAGGAAGUGGACUUACCAGAUGACAAGUCUUUCUAAUGCUGCGUUGCUGUUAGUUGCAGUAGUUUAUGCACAUGCACAAACACGGUUUGCGCGUUAUCACGUGCGGUAAAUUACACUAACUAGGUCAUGUGAUCGUCAAACAAAACAUGGAAAGGUACGCUGUCUUGGAAUUUGGGUAUCGUUCGAGAUAGAUAACCGAGUGUUAUGUGUGAAAACGUUGAUUUGCUCGUUACAAUAUACAGUUUUUAUUGUUUAAAGCUGCGGUGU